AUGACUGAGGUUCCACAGGCAUCGGUGCCCGGUGAUUUCAGCUGGUUGGAAGGACACAUUGCCAUGGACAAGUUUUCGACAUUUGACUGGCUACGCGAAUUUGGAUUCCCCGAUAAUUUUCCAGAUUGGUCUCCAUUCCCCCAAAAUAAGACCUACACAGCUUCGCACCAGGACUAUGAAAAUGAACACUAUAAUUCGAUGAAAGAUCUUUUGCAUAUACCUAACCUUCAAAACGAUAUCCUGGAGCCUAUGCGCGAGGCACUCCACAACGGAAGUGUGGAGAUCAAACACAUCGUCCUUGUCAAGUUGGAAAGCACUCGCCAAAAUGUGUGGCCUUUCCGCUCUAGCUCCCACAUCAUGAACCACAUCAAAGAGUCCUACAACGACGAGAUCCCGGAGGAAAUUAAGCGACACCUUCCCAAACUUACCCCCACCGCCCAAAGGUUGACCGGAGUUGAGACUGGCUUUGAAAAUAUCACCGAUCCCCCAAAGCCUUAUGGUGGCAUCGGUCCCACCAAUGCCUUUACAGCCCGCACAUGUACCAUGAAAAGUCUGACUGGCACCGUGUGUGGUGUCAGUGCUAUGGCGGUCGAAGGUAACCUCGAAUACUACCACGAUUUCUACCAGCCCUGCUUGCCGCAUAUUCUCAAAGCAGUCAGCUAUCAACCAAACAUCAGCAGUGAUGCAGAUGAUUGGACUUCAUGGCCGUGGCAAACACAGUGGAUGCAGUCGCAUUACGGUACCUGGGAUAUGCAGUAUAAGCAUACUACAGCAAUGGGGUUUCAGGAUAAUGAGAAGGAGACAAAUUAUGGCCACGAAGACAAAGUUCUGAAAAAGUAUUACUUCAAGCCUGGAGAAUAUGGAGGGAUCCUCGAUGGCUCAUGGAUUGGACGCAAAAAGGCAAUAAACAACUACCUCAACACGAUCAUUUACCAGGAUGAGUGGGUUGCUGAUAUGCUCGAGAUUCUCGAAGAGGCCGGAAUAGCUGAUGAGACACUCUUGGUGAUGGCCGGUGACCACGGUAUAUCCCUUCCAAACGAAGGUGGUGUAACAGCCAACCACGAUCCCCACGUCGGAGACUUUCACGUCCCAUUAUACUUCUCCCACCCUAAACUUCCCCAAAUCGAAGUAACCAGUCCAGUCGUCUCAACACAAAUACUACCCACAAUCCUCGAUCUCCUAAUCGAAUUAUCCUCUCUUACUGAGCAAGAUGGCAAGCGAGAAUGGCACUUCUCCACCAUGAACCCCGGCGGAACGUGGUUCUCCAUGCGAGACGCUGUAAAUCCGUACCGUUUGGUCGUCCCUCUUGUCGAAGAUGCCCCGUGGCGAUUUACUGAUAUUGUUACCGAUCCAUUCGAGCUCCACCCUGACGAAGAGCUAGACUAUCUGAGCCUGUUUAUGGAUGUUGAGGCGCGGCAUGGUGUUGAUGCUUCAACUUGGCUCAAUCAGGCGGCUCAUGUGGCUUAUUGGUGGAUUCCGGAGAACCAUCGUCGCUGGAAAUAUGAGGCUGAAGAAGAGGGUGAUUAA